CUUUACAAUUAACCAAAAGGGAUCAAGGAUCAUCAUUUGGAGGAAUUAGUCCAGAUCUGCUUGGAUUUAUUCUUUGACUCAAGGCAUGUAAUCUCAACUGUCCCUCUCGAGGUGUUAGAUAAAGUAUCGAGCAUCCAGAAGUUCCAGGUGAAGAAGAAACUACCCGACCACUUUUUAUUUUUAAAGCUUUGCGUCCAUGCAGCCAUCUGUCUUUUCUCCAAAUGCUUCCUCCUACCUGGGCCCCCAGGGAGAUCCCCCUCUGUCAUACCCUGGCUUCGUUAUCCUCGCCAUCAUUAUGGCCGUUUUCACAGGUCCGGCCAUCGUGCUCAACGCUACAGUGAUCAUCGUGUCUCUGAUGCACAAGCAGCUGAGGCAGCCGCUCAACUACGCUCUGGUGAACAUGGCCGUGGCUGACCUGGGCACAGCCAUGACGGGAGGGGUGCUAUCUGUGGUCAACAACGCCCAGGGAUACUUCUCCCUGGGAAGGACAGGCUGUGUGAUGGAGGGCUUUGCAGUGUCCGUGUGUGGCAUCACAUCUCUGUGCACAGUCGCCCUGAUCGCAGUGGAGAGGAUGUUUGUUGUGUGUAAGCCGCUGGGCCAGAUGACCUUCCAAAAGAAGCAUGCGGCAGGAGGUAUCGCCCUGUGCUGGCUGUGGUCACUCACUUGGAACUUACCUCCGCUGUUCGGCUGGGGCAGAUAUGAGCUGGAGGGGGUCGGGACAUCCUGUGCACCAGACUGGCACAACCGAGACCCUCACAACGUCUCCUACAUCCUGGCUUAUUUUGCAGUGUGUUUUGCGGUUCCUUUUGCCAUCAUCCUGAUAUCCUACACAAAGCUCAUCUGGACACUGCACCAGGUUUCAAAGUUGGCUGCUUUGGAAGGAGGUGCAGUAGCUAAGGCGGAGCUGAGGGUGGCGUCUAUGGUGAUUCUGAUGGUCGUGACAUUUCUGAUCAGUUGGUUGCCUUAUGCCAGCCUGGCCAUGCUGGUGGUCUACAACCCUGACUUGGAGAUUCAUCCGCUGGUUGGCACAGUGCCGGUCUACCUGGCCAAGAGCAGCACUGUGUACAAUCCCCUCAUCUACAUCUACCUCAACAAACAGUUUCGUAAAUAUGCGGUGCCGUUCCUGCUGUGUGGGAAUGAGCCCUGGGAGCUGGAUGACGAGUCGGAGGCAGCAACGACAGUGGAGGUUGCUUCCAACAAAGUAUCUCCCAGCUGAUGUACACACGUCUACAAUCAUCCACUUAAACAUUUCUGCCAGAAAUAUGUAUAAUUUAGUUUACACAUCCUUUAAAGACAUCAGUGGCUAACUGUGAUUGCAGUGUUUGUAUUUUUGGAAUGGAGAUGUAGUUUAUAAGUAUAUGAAGAGCUCAUCUAUAAUGGUAUUGGUAAAACAGUGUCCAGUGUUUGUUUUUCCUCCAAAAAUUACAGAAAACAAAUAAACAAGAACAGUAAUUCAGCAUAAGUUUAUUCAAUGAUGAUCAAUAAAAAAUAAAAUAUCAGUAUUGAUUCAAAUAAAGUCAAGGCCAAAAUUAAAAAAAAAUGUUUAUACAAAACUUAGAGGGUUAUAAUGAAGCAUUUGCUACUAAAAGGAA